AUGACCAUCAGGAAUGAUUUGGAAAAUACACCAGGUCAUAGUGCUGCAUGGUGUGGGCUAGAUAAGGAACAUGUUGCUAAAGUUAUUCUCCAAAGCUUAUAUACUUUUCUUUCAGUUCUUUUCGGGGGAACAGAUAUAUUAGAAGAAAGAUCAUCAAAAUUAGAUGACCAUAUUACUAGCAUUGCUCAGGAUAUAUUUUACUUAGCCUCUAGAAAGAGAAAGUUGACCCCAAAGCAUAUUGGUCUAGGGCUUACACUACACCAGGCAUCUAGGUCAGAAAAGCUUGUUGAUUUAUUUCAUGCAGCAGGUCAUACAAUAGGGAUGGAUACAAUUAGAAGAAUCGACAGGUUUAACAAAAAUGGGCAUAUAUAUAUCCCAAAUGAGCUUGUGCCAUAUUCCCCUAGCCGUAUUGUUCUAGCCUCAUGUGAUAAUAUUGAUGUGCUUGAGGAAACAAUAGAUGGAAAAAACACAUUUCAUUGCACGCAAAUGAUGCUGUGGCAAAGAGGCCAGGCAAAUAUAAGGUCUGACAUAGAUAUUAAGCACAUUAACAGGGCAAAAACAAUAACAAGAGAUAGCUUAGAUCAAUUCAAUAAGUUAGAUCAUGCCAGCAUGCCAAUUGGUGAAAGGCCAAAGCCAGUUAGUAACCUUCCUCCUGACCUAGAAAUAGAAAAGUGUUUUAAUAAGAGCAAUAAUCAGGUUGAGUCAAAAAUGAAAAAUAUGGCAUGGAUAAUAGUAUGUAUGUGCCAAACCUCUCAACAAAUGGUGCCAACUUGGGCUGCUUUUAAUGAGAAGAUUAGCUUAGUUAACUCACCCAUUACUACGCCUGGCAUGUUGCCUAUACUUCAGGCUCCUGCAGAUGAUAAUAAUACCAGGACAACCAUACUUAACCGCUUUACAUCAAGUGCUAAACAUCUUGGCCAGCCAAAUACUGUAAUAGCAGUAGAUCAACCUUUGUACAGUAAAGGCAAGGAAAUUAUUUGGGCCAACCCUGAAAAAUAUCAGAAUGUAGUUUUGGUUAUAGGCCAUUUGCACGUUCUCUUUAACUUUCUUAAAGCAAUAGGUCAACAUAUGGAAAAUUCAGGGCUUGCAGAUAUAUGGGUUGAGUCUAGUGUUUUUGCGCAAAAUACUACUGGUGCAAUGUUAGAAGGGAAGCAAUAUUAUCGAGCUGUAACAGGUCAUCUAUUAACAUAUGAAGCUUUAAGUCGAAUUUAUUGGCAAUAUUUUACUUCUUGGUUAACAUCUAAUGAAAGGUAGGUUAAUUUAAAAUCAAUGAUAGAUCAAUUAGUAAAGACAUUCAGUCACAGAAAUUCUGAUGAUGAAGCAGUUACAGCAGUAAAUUGUUUAGUCACUACUCUAAAGACGCAUGAUGUUUUAGGUAUGAUGGAUGAAUUUGAUAAUACACUGCAGCAUUUACCCAAUUUUGUUCUUUGGAGGUCAUACAUGAAGAUGGUUGAAACAUUGCUAGACUUUAUCAGGGCUAAUCGGGAGGUUAACUGGGCCCUUCACUUAGAUUCAUUUUCAGCAAUGCUUCCAUGGAUGACAAUCUAUGACCAUACAAAUUAUGCUAGGUGGGGUGCUGUUUACUUGUGUGAAAUGAAAAACUUACAAAACAGACAUACAUUAGUUUAUGAGGAGUUUCUGAAUGGAAACUUUGUAGUUAAGAGGAGUCAACUAAAAUUUAACCAGAUACCUCUCGACCAGCUGCUGAAUGGCAGAACAAAAUCUGCAAAAUAUCAAAUGGCAUUAUAGGAAUAACUAGGAAUGAUACUGCUAGGGACAAGUUCUGCAUAACAUGGGCAGAACGUUCAUAUGUUUCUCACUCUACUAGAGUGUUAUUUGGUGUAGAUGAUGAUGCAAAUGAUACAAUUUCUACCAGGAAGGACGCACAGCCAGGCAGAGUGAGUGUUGAUGAGAAUGCAGUCAGUGACUUGAAAGAACUCUUUUUAAGAUUUAAUGUAUUUAAGAUAAAUACAUUUGAUCCUCUUGAUGGCUACGUUGCCCUUGAAUAA